AUGCCAGCAGACCUCAGCGGUACCUGGUACCUUCUCAGCAGUGACAACUUCGAGGGCUACAUGCUGGCCCUGGGUAUCAACUUUGCAACUCGUAAGAUCGCCAAGUUGUUGAAGCCACAGAAGGUGAUCAAACAAAAUGGGGAUUCCUUUACCAUCUACACAUACAGCAGCCUAAGGAAUUAUCUUGUUAAAUUCAAAGUUGGAGAAGAAUUUGAGGAAGAUAACAAAGGCCUGGAUAACAGAAAAUGCACGAGCUUGGUUACCUGGGAGAACGACAAACUCACUUGUGCGCAGAAAGGGGAGAAGAACAGAGGUUGGAGCCACUGGAUUGAAGGGGGCCAGUUCCACCUGGAAAUGUUCUCCGAAGGCCAGGUGUGCAAACAAACGUUCCAGAGAACUUGA